CGCGCUCAUUGGUUGAGCCUUGGGUUAGUAGAAAAGAUGACCUUAUAACAGCUCUCCCAUGGAUUUAAAUUGGGCACUAUAUAAGACGAUUAAUGACCCCAGUUAGUUUAAAUACUUGCUUCAAAUAUUAUCAAAACCAUUAUGAAGUUCUCUCCAUUGUUAUUAAUUCCAUUUUUACUUCAGGUAGCCACGGCUGCUGUACGUACCACCACUGUUUCUACCAGUCUCACCAACUCCGUCCCAUCCAACCUCUGUAGUUCCUAUAUUACUUCUGGUGGUCAGGGUGCGAGUGCCUGGCAUGCCACGGCGGAAUUCUAUGCCGAUUCAACCAACGGCAUCACCCUUUUAGGAACUGGGGUUAGAAACUACAAGUACAUUGUCCAAUGGUACUUCAGCUUUGAUAGUCCGUUAGGGGCUACCGAUUUUGAUGUCUCUUGUUUAACCUCCCUCGUUAGUACGUUUUCCGCUAUCAGCGUUACCGUCAAUACCGAACAGGGUGCCUUUAUCCUUUCCUAUAACGACACCGUCACCUAUCCAGUGGUACUUGGUGUGGAUCUUCUGAGCGGGUAUAACUGUUUCGAUUCCUUAAUCGGCUUUACUCUGAGCUUCAAAGGUGGGGAUACUUCCAAGACUAUUAUUUUGGGGUCUUCCCUUUUCUGGUUGAACCCAGUUAGCAGCGUGAAAUGUAUCCUCGGUUCCAUGAAUGCGGAAUGUAUCGCUUUGACUUAUCCAGCGUUCACCAAGUGUGUGGUCUGGAACAGUUGUAAAGGUAUACCGCCUUCUCCAAGCGUCGUAACACAGACCAGAACUUCCGUUCAGACCAAUGGAUGUACCGCGGUUGAUAAGGUCCAGAUUUCAGCUUUCACAUAUAAAACCGUGUUAUUUCAGGAAAAUACCUACUUCCAAACUCUGGUCGCUAAGUGGGUGGUGGCGACACGUACCAUUUUUUUCAUUCCAUUCUAUAGUACCUCCUACUCUACGCAUACCUACACCAAAACUCAAACAGUUACUCAGACCUCGUUAGUUCCUACCUACUCUAUGUCUACGAUUGCCGCCGUUACUCUGUGUCCAAGCUCUUCCGCCCACCCAGCACUUGGUGUUCCAAACCCCCCUGCCACGACUAUGAACACUGCUUAUAUUUAAAUAUGGUGUACUUUUUAUAAAGCUAUUAUCAAUAAUUAUGUACAAAUUUAUGAUAAUAACCUACUAAUACGCCCGACGGCGGCAUUACAUCCGGAAAGAGCAGAUAUACUGUGGCCAUGAGUUCGGACAAUACUGAAUAUUAAAGAGUAAAGUAGAUAACUGAGGGUAUUACAGAUAUCACCGAGAGAGAUUACUAUAUGCGGAAAAUAUAAGGCUGGAGAAUAUACCAUGUCCUAGGAG